GUCUGAAAGCUGAGCUGAGCUCUAGCUGAUAGAGGUAGCCCUCCACACCACACCACUCGCAAUCCACACAACUACACUGAUACACCUGCGCUGCACUUGCCUCUGCGAGCACGUACUGGCUGUGGCUGUGCCUGGCCUCCUCUUCCUCGGUGGUGGUGGUGGUGGUGGUGCACUGGUGCUGGUCUUGCGCCUGCUUGUUCGGUUGUUCCUCACUUCCACUUCCACGGCUCCCCUCCCACCAAGCAGACUGCAGUAGCACAUCCCCCUCCGCGCACCACUCGCUUCGACACCACCGGGCACCGCCCGGCAUCUAGCUCUAGCGGCAGCUCAUCUCCCUCCCUCUGGCUGGCUGUUUGUUUCUCUCUCUCUCUCCUCCCCAUCAGGAUAAGCUCAGCAGCCCCCCCUGCUGAUCUGCGGCAUUUGCCCUGUUCCCGUGCUCGAUUUGUUCGCUUCUGUGCGCGCGCGGUGGUGCCCAGGCAAUAACUCCCCUCGGUGUCUGGCUGGCUCGUUGCCACCCUCCCCGCGGCAGAGCGGCCUAUAGGAUGAGAGGGACAGGGGAACCCAACAAACCGGCCGCGGCACUGUCCUGGCCGUGAAAGACACGCACACAGAGCUCCAGCUCGGCCACGGGCACGGGCACGGGCACGGGCACGCGGCGCCUAGCUCUGCACUGGCCGACGGGGAAACGGUCGAGCUUGCUAUCCAUCGCCCGCGCCGUUCCCAUUCAUGGAUUGGGAUCUCAAGAUGCCGGUUUCCUGGGACCUGCCCGACCUGGAGCACGACGCCGUGCCGCCGCCCAUCGCCGCCGCCGCCUCCGCCGCGCCUUCCCCCGCGGCGGCGUCGGGCAUUGCCGCCGCAGCUGCUGGGCCUCCCCCCGCGGCGGCACCGCGCGGGGCGCCGAGCCGGGCGGAGUGCUCCGUGGACCUCAAGCUCGGCGGGCUCGGCGAGUUCGGGGCUGCGGACGGGACGAAGGAGCCGGUAGUGGCAGCGGCCGCGGCCGCGGCCGCGGCGCCGCCGUCCGCUAGCCCGAUGAAGCGCCCGCGCUCGGGGCCCGGUGGCGCCGCCGGGGCGCAGUGCCCGUCGUGCGCGGUGGACGGCUGCAAGGCCGACCUCAGCAAGUGUCGCGACUACCACCGCCGCCACAAGGUCUGCGAGGCGCACUCCAAGACGCCCGUCGUCGCCGUCGCCGGCCGCGAGAUGCGCUUCUGCCAGCAGUGCAGCAGGUUUCACUUGCUCGCGGAGUUUGACGAGGCCAAGCGCAGCUGUAGAAAGAGGCUCGAUGGGCACAACCGGCGUCGCAGGAAGCCGCAGCCAGAUACCAUGAGCUCUGGGAGCUUUAUGACGAGUCAACAAGGGACGAGGUUCUCGUCGUUCCCGGUUCCAAGGCCGGAGCCGAGCUGGCCCGGAGUCAUCAAAUCCGAGGACAGCGGCUCAUACUACGCGCACCAGCGCCACCCGGUCCUAAGCAGCAGGCCGCACUUCGCCGGCGGGGGCUCCACGCCGCCGGCCUACUCGUCCAAGGAAGGCCGGCGCUUCCCGUUCCUCCAGGACGGCUGCGACCAGCAGCAGGUCGGCGGCUUCAGCGCGGGCGCGGGGGCGCAGCAGCUCGAGGUCUCUUCCACGUCCACGGUGUGCCAGCCCCUCCUCAAGGCCGCCGCCGCCGCCGCCCCACCGCCGCCGCCAGAGAGCAGCAGCAGCAACAAGAUGUUCUCCGACGGGCUCGCCCCCGCCGUGCUCGACUCGGAUUGUGCUCUCUCUCUUCUGUCAUCCCCCGCCAACUCCUCCAGCGUCGACGUGGGCCGGAUGGUCGUCCACCAGCCCGCGGAGCACAUCCCCAUGGCGCAGCCCCUCGUCCCCGGCGGCCUCCAGCAGCAGCAGCAGCACCACCCGUUCGGCGGCUCCCCCGCCUGGUUCGCCUGCUCCCAGGCCGGCUCCAGCGCCGUCUCCGCCGGCGGUUUCGCCUGCCCCCCGGGCGUGGAGAGCGAGCAGCUCAACACCGUGCUGGUGCCGAGCUCCGACGGUGGCGGCCACGACAUGAACAUGAACUACCACGGCAUAUUCCACGUCGGCGGCGACGGCUCCUCCGACGGGACGUCCCCUUCGCUCCCGUUCUCGUGGCAGUAGCUAGCUUUCCAAUUCAAGCGUCCAGCAGUCUAUCGUUUCAGCUGUACUAGUGGUCGUUUUAUUUAUUUAUUCGCUGCUCCCUCGCUCCGUUUUAACUUGUCCUGUCGUUUGCUCGUUUCUUCGUUUUGCAUGCCUGAUGCAUAUGCGGCCUGGAAAAAAAACUCGCAUAAAAUUACUGAGACCGUCCGUGUGUCUGGUUCUGGAAGCGUACCUGUCUCCAUCAACCGAAUCGAGACAAGUUUGCUG